GGGAAAGCAUUUUUGGACACAAUUUGUGUUUUCAUAAACUCAUCGCUUGUUUGUCAACUAAUCAACGGCUGAACUGUUGGAUCAAUUGCUUGUGACACUCACGAAGACAUGGCAUCAGAUGGUCAUCAAAGUGCGGGCGACUGGUGUCUCAUUGAGUCGGAUCCAGGAGUGUUCACGGAAUUGAUCCGUGGCUUUGGUGUUAGUGGAGUACAAGUGGAAGAGUUGUAUUCAUUAAGUGCCGACUGUUUCGUAAAUCUUAAACCAAUCCAUGGACUGAUAUUUCUGUUCAAAUGGAUGCCAUCGACUGAACCCUCGGGCCAUGCGGUGGACUACGAGCACGUGUUCUUCGCCAAACAGGUGAUCAACAACGCGUGCGCCACUCAAGCCAUCAUUAAUAUACUGUUGAACUGCGCGCACGAAGACAUCCAAUUGGGACAGACAUUAACCGACUUAAAGGAAUUCAUACAACACUUCGACCCCACGAUGAAGGGCCUGGCGUUGAGUAACUCGAAUACCAUCAAAGAGGUGCACAACUCCUUCUCCAGACAACAGAUGUUUGACUUCGACGGACAAAAGGCCCAAAAAGACGACGACGUGUUUCACUUCAUAUCAUACGUUCCCAUCUCAGGCCAUCUCUAUGAAUUGGAUGGACUCAAGUCGGGACCCAUUAAUUUGGGUGCCAUUCCCAAAGACGGCGAUUGGGUGGACACCGCCAGACCUCAC